UCCUGGCUUGUAGCUCUUCCUGGUCCACGUAUUGAGAACAUCACCAAAUAUCCUGUUGUAUGACAGAUAAUGACAUUUGACUGUGUUUAUCCAAACUAUAUUACUCUUUCAUGUUCAUCAGCUGAACCCCGGCGGUAGCCAGGUGGAGACUGAGGCAUUUUGAGAUUGGGACGUCGUUCACAAACGGAUACAAAAUGUCUUGGUUUGCUGACUUGGCUGGGAAAGCUGAAGACUUCCUGAAUAAAGUGGAUCAGGGAGCUGCCACUGCCCUGACCAAAAACCAGGCAAGGUCAUCCUCCUUUUCGUCAUCCUAUGAAGGAGAAUCAACUGUCAAACCUGAAUACAACACUGCAGGGUACAAGACCGAUGCAGCUGUAACACAUCAUGCUUAUUCAUCCUCUGAUAAUGCACCAAGCUACAUCGCUUCAGCAGCUGGCAACAUCAAGAGAUCCAGUUCAACGCUGCUGGCUGCUACUGCCAACAUGGCCAGUAUUCCCUCUGGUUCUGGCAGCAGUGACCCCAACUCUGCCAAGACCUCAUCUGGCUUUGUGAGGCCCAAAAAGUGCGAGCAGGAUGUGGACGAUGACAUGCUCUUUGACUUUCUGAACAGCUCAGACCCUCCAGUCAGCAGCAGGAGGGAUUCCAGAAGAGAACUUGUGAAGGUAGCAGUUCCAGUUACUGAGGCCCAAAACCUAACACCUCCUCCUUCCACCACUCCUCAUACCGUCCCCUCAGCCCCAUCGACUCCCCCCUCAACCCGGGGUGUAUCCAGGGCCUCAAGCAUUAGCUCACUGUCUGCUCACAGCAUCAAAACAUCAGAGGAGACCUCUGCUAAAGAACAAAGCCAAGACACACCUGAGAGUUCAGACUCAGGUUUAGCUGUCCUUCAGGAGUCCAGCAGGCAGGAGCCUCUUCCUCCCACAGAGGAGCCACAGAGCCAAAUCCUGUCCAGUCUGCGACUGGAGAAUCAGCUACUGCGCAGCGAGGUGGCCUCCCUCAACCAGGAGAUGGCUUCAAUCAUCCAGAGAGCAAAAGACUUACAAGAUGAAUUAAACCAGACUCGUCUACGUGCAGACAGGUGGAACUCAGAGCAGUCUCAGACUGAUAGGAUGUUACGGGAACUUCGGUCACAGGUUGAUGACCUAACAGAAGCACUCUCUGCCAAAGAUGGUCAACUUGCAGUCCUGAAGAUCAGACUGGAUGAAGCUGAUCAGCUACUGAAGUCCCGCAGUGCUGCAUUAGAUGAGGCACAGAAGGAAAAGUCAAGAAUUAUGCUAGACCAAACAGAAGGGAGCAGCAUGCAGUCCCAAGCGCUUGAAAUGAUACAGGAGAGGCUGCGAGAGACUGAACUGGCCCUCAGGAGGGAACAGGACAACUACAGGCAGAUGCAGAGUGAGUAUGCUGGCCGCCUGUCCAAAGUCGAGUCUGAGAGGCAGACCCUCGCAGAGACGGUGACUGCAUCAGUGCGGCGAGCUGCAGAGGAGAAGCUCAGGGUCGACGACAUCCAACAGCAACUGAAAAGUGCCAAAGCUGCAGCUGAGACUGCCAAACAGGAGUUACAAGACUACAAGCACAAAGCUACACGCAUCCUACAAUCCAAAGAGAAGUUGAUCAGCAGUCUGAAGGAGGGAUCUGGUCUGGACACUCUGGACGGCAGCGGGGCCAUGGCUCUGGAGCUGGAGGAUCUGCGUCACGAGAAGGAACUGCAGAGGGAGGACAUCCAGAAACUACAGGCGCAAGUGCACACACUUAGGACAGAAAUACAGGAUUUGGAGAAUCAGGCUCUGACAGAGGCAGAGACAUGGCGGGAGCAGCAGGCGCAGUUAGAGGAGCAACAGGCUUUACAAAACAGAGCUAAGCAGGAGGUGGAGGCUGAGGUUGAGCGCUACAAACAGGAGCUGCAGUACCUAGAGGAAGAGCACCAUCGAGCCAAAACCUCUCUGCAGAGCAGAAUCAAGGACAGAGAAGAUGAAAUCCAAAAACUCAGGAACCAGUUGACCAACAAGACUCUUAGCAACAGCCAAACAGAGCUGGAGAAUCGUCUCCACCAGCUGACAGAGACGCUGAUCCAGAAGCAGACGAUGCUGGAGGCUCUGGGCACAGAAAAAAGUGCCCUGGUCUUCCAGCUGGAGCGUCUGGAACAGCAGCUGAAGAAUGCUCAGGGAGGACAAACUGGAGGGCCAGCCAUCAACAUGAGUGGUCUAGAGGGACCAGGAGCACGACAAAGAAACACACCAAUCCUUUUUAGUGAUCAGGACAGUCCAGGAAUGUAUGGCAAAGUACGCAAGGCAGCCAGCACCAUUGACCGUUUCAGCAUCAGACUGGGUAUCUUCUUGAGGCGCUACCCUAUGGCCAGAGUUUUCGUUAUCCUGUACAUGGCAGUACUGCACCUGUGGGUCAUGAUUGUUCUCCUGACCUACACACCAGAAAUGCACCAUGGUCAUCCUGGUGGAAGAUAGAAGGCUUGAAUUUUAAAGUUGGGUGCUUAAAAUAUGUUGGUUCUAUGGACUUCAAUGUAAGGAUGGUACAAGCUGCUUGAAUAUGGGUCUGGGUCCCAACUCUCCCUGUUUUGCACAGAAAUGCUAUGAGUUAGACAUUUCCACUGACUUGUUUUUUGUUUCCAACUUAAGAUUGAUAGCAGACAACUGCAUUGAGUUUUAAAAUAAUUGCAGAGUGAUCUAUUGUAUUGGUGGUCUGCUGAAAAGACAUUAAAUCAAACAUGAUCUCACAUCUGUUCUUCUCAUCUGCUUUCAGACCUCUUUUCUCUUGAGAAAUUGUAUUUAACACUAUGUAAAAAAUAAUCUUUUAAUAAAAGAGUUAGAAGAAACAACAUGGCCUGGCACUUUUCUAAUAGAUUAUCUGAGCCACAAAAUAACAAAACGAGGAACUUGUUCAGUUUCACUCACAGAAGUCAGUUUACCAGUCAUGAGGAGUACGACUCAGCAUUGUUAUCUCAAUGUUAGUUUGAAAACUACUAAAAGAUGCUACUGGUUGCAUUAUGGAAACAUUUGUAAUUUACCAAUAAAGACUGAAAGUCAUGAUAUCAUGA